GAGGAGUGAUAAAGAAGAUAUGAUGGCAGUCGCAGCCGCUCAGAAGAACCGCGAAAUGUUCGCCAUCAAGAAGUCUUACAGUAUUGAGAACGGGUAUCCAGCGCGACGACGUUCCCUCGUAGACGAUGCCCGUUUUGAGACGCUCGUCGUCAAACAGACGAAGCAAAGCGUACUCGAGGAAGCUCGACAACGAGCGAAUGACACGAACGCAGAUCAGACAAUUACUUGUACUAAGGAUAGAGGACAAGAAGAAAAUUACAUUGAUAUUUCAUCAAGUGAUGAUGAACAGGUGGAGUCAUUAGUUUGCGCAGUGAAGAAGGAAGAAGCGAAAGCGGAGGCUUCAUCAGACAGUGAUGGAAAACCGGAUGAUGAUGACGAUGAUGAUGCCGGAUUAACUGAAGAGGAAGUAGUGCUCGCGAAAACUAUAGCCGAAUCUCCGGAUAACGAGCACAACGUGCAGAAAGCAGCGCUGGUAUUGAGAUUGCGAGAGGGUAUCGGCUCUCUAGGCAGGAUCCUAAAGACAAUCGAAAAUUUCAAGGGCACGAUCACUCAUGUCGAGUCACGGCCCUCCAAGAAGGAGGGUCUGCAAUUCGAGGUCUUGGUCAAAAUUGACAUGAGCAGACAGAGCCUGUUGCAGUUGAUUAGAAAUCUACGACAAAGCUCGGCCUUGGACGGCGUGAACCUGCUCGCCGACAAUUCCGUCAGCAUCAAAGAUCCCUGGUUUCCCCGUCACGCCUCCGAUCUCGACAAUUGCAACCACCUAAUGACCAAGUACGAGCCGGAUCUCGACAUGAAUCAUCCAGGCUUCGCCGACAAAGAGUAUCGCGCUCGUCGCAAGGUCAUUGCCGAAAUCGCUUUCGCUUACAAGUACGGCGACCCGAUACCUUCCAUUCCUUACACCGAGACGGAAAACGAAACUUGGUCGCGCGUUUUCAACACUGUAUUGGACCUGGUGCCGAAACACGCGUGCGUGGAAUACCAGAGAGUCUUUAAGAAAUUGCAAGAGGAGAGGAUCUUCGAGUCUCACCGUAUACCGCAAUUGCAGGAAGUCAGCGAUUUCUUAAAGAAAAGCACGGGAUUCACUCUUCGACCGGCCGCCGGUCUCUUGACAGCGCGGGACUUCUUGUCCAGUCUUGCCUUCAGAAUAUUCCAGAGCACCCAAUAUGUCCGCCACAUCAACAGCCCGUAUCACACUCCCGAACCAGAUUGCAUUCAUGAGCUCUUGGGCCAUAUGCCGCUUUUGGCCGAUCCGAGUUUCGCUCAAUUUUCGCAAGAAAUUGGAUUAGCGUCUCUCGGCGCUUCAGAUGAAGAAAUCGAGAAGUUAUCAACUAUCUACUGGUUCACGGUUGAAUUCGGUUUGUGUAAGGAAGGUCCUGAAGUCAAGGCUUAUGGUGCUGGCUUGUUGUCAGCCUACGGUGAACUCUUGCACGCAUUGAGCGAUAAGUGCGAACAUCGAGCUUUCGAUCCAUCAAUUACCGCUCUAGAAUAUCAGCCGAUAUAUUAUGUGGCCGAGAGUUUCGAGGAUGCCAAGGAGAAAUUCCGUCGUUGGGUGGCCACUAUGAGUCGGCCAUUCGAGGUCAGGUUCAAUCCGCAUACGCAACGCGUCGAAGUCCUCGACAGUGUUGAUAGACUGGAGGAUCUGAUUUCCCAACUCAAUACCGAGAUGACCCACCUUACGAAUGCCGUCAACAAAAUGAAAGCGAGACAAUUUGCGUAAGGAUGAAAACUUCCGCGUUUUCGUUUACGAUUCGAUUAUUCCUUUUGCGAACCAUCGAACCUCGAAAUCGAUCACUUAGCCAAUUAAAUAAUCUUUAAACUCUUUGGUGACAAUAAUUUCCAAUAAUCUAUCAAAGAAUAGCAGAUAAUUAUUGUACUAUAAAAAACGUUCUUCCUAGUAAUUGUAACAGAGCUUAAUGAGUCUUUUAAUGAUAUAUUUCGAAAGCGUACUAGUUUGAUCCAGUAAUUUUAAGGAAGUUAUAAGACCAUCGCGAAAGAUGUUUGUUUUAAAUAAGAAAAACAUUUUGAAUUGCAUCGAAACUUCAGCUUCCAGGUUCGGUGGAGCAUAUCAUCUCAUUGUCAUAAUUUUUAUUGCGUGACUCGUCUUUCAUUUCGUGUAUAAAGUUGUUCAUUUACGUUGUUAUAUGCGUGUACGCGCAUUGAUUAUAAACAGUGAAUCUACUUUGAUGUACGCGAAUGUCAGCUUGUAUUGCGUUACGUUUCGUCAAGAUAAUCAUACAACUUAAUUAAAUAAAUUGUGAUAAUCCAAUCUUUUUGUUUUUAAGACGCUAAAUGAGUGGAAAUACAUAUCACAAAGUUAUCUUUAAAUAAAUAAAAUAACAUUGUCUUUUUAUCCAUAGUUGCGCGAACACACAUA